GCGACUCCGGCUAUUACCUUCCCUCAACGCGAGCGGCGUGAAACAGAGCAACACAAAUGGAGAAGAGAAGCAGAACGAGCGCGAUGCUCAGAGCGGCAGCCGCUGUCCUCCUGGCGGCCUCCGUCCUCUGCAGUUAUGCAGCAGCGAGCACUGAAGAAGUCCUGGACUGUUGUUUGUCCACCAAGAACAAGCCCAUCCCAAACAGCAUAGUGAAGGGCUACAGUAUCCAGACCACAGCUAGCGGCUGCCUGAUACCUGCAACACUAUUCAUCACUAAAAAGGAUUUGAGUCUCUGCGCCCCUCCUGCCAGCAGAAGCAAAUGGGUCAAGAAGCUCAUCAAGAGACUGGACAGGAAGGCGAAACCAAAGAGGAAGAGGGGAAAAAAGAAUUAGAAGAACACGAAAGGUCACUACAGCUCUUCGAGGUCAGAAAUUUCCAGGUCUUUAGCCUGACGGACCCAACUGGUACUAAAAUGGAAGGACAUGAGUUUUGUGUUUAGUGGCUGGGAGUCUUUGGCCCUUACAGCAGAGCAUGGGUCACUUCUGGAGUACCAAAAAAAAGCCACACACAAAAGCUAAUAGCCACAUUAAGGGACAGUGCUUCCAUUUUUUUGGAUAUGUACAGUAACCAUUUCAGCUAAGCUAUCAGCUGAACAGCUUGGCAACACAAUAUGUGAAUCAAUUAAUCUAUGUGGUGUGUGGGGAAAUAUCUGUCAGUUUUGAUUAUUUGGUCCUGGUGUGUUUUUCGUCUCAUACUUUUGUACAUACGUUAUCAAAAUAAGCUCUUUUUUAUAUCAUGUAUGCAAAUAUUGUGAAAAAUGCUGUGAAUUUUGUAUUAUAUUUGUUGAUUUUUGUGUAAUAAAACAUUGAUCUAAGCACUCCA